UCGCGUCGCUAUUACACGAGCCGGAAUUAAUUUCCAUGACAUCAUUUCGACGUCGUCUUUGAGGAGUAAUGGCUGAUUGGCUCGACAUCCAGGUUGUGGCGUAAUUGAGGGGGAAAGCAUCUUUUUCUUAGGGGGCAGCAGAAUGGAUCACCACAAGGCUAUCCCUUUGGUGGUGGGUUUGGUGGUAGUGGUUGGCACAGCUAUUUUGACGAAGCUUUAUCUGUCAAAGAAACGUGGUCCGCCCAAAACCCUUCAGGAUCCGACGGUCAAGUAUCCUUUGGAACUAAUUGAACGGGAAGACAUAUCUCAUGACACUCGCCGGUUCAGGUUUAAGCUGCCGUCCCCAGACCACAUUUUGGGUUUGCCAAUUGGACAGCACAUCUACCUGUCAGCCCGGGUAGACGGUCAACUUGUUGUUCGUCCGUACACUCCAGUCUCGUGUGAUGAGGACAAAGGGUAUAUGGAUUUGGUCAUUAAGGUUUACUUCAAGAACGUCCACCCAAAGUUCCCCGACGGAGGAAAGUUGAGCCAGUACAUGGAAGCAAUGUCUCUUGGAGAGACUAUUGAUGUCAGGGGUCCAUCCGGCUUACUUGAAUACCAUGGCAACGGCACCUUUGCCAUUAAACCAGACAAGAAAUCCCCUCCCAAUCUUGUCACAGCCAAAAAAGUCAACAUGAUUGCAGGUGGCACAGGAAUUACUCCGAUGUUGCAGUUGAUCAGACAUGUUGCACGCAAUGAUAGUGAUAAAACUCAGUUGGCACUCUUGUUUGCCAACCAGACAGAGGCAGAUAUACUCCUCAGACAUGAGUUGGAGGAAGUCUUAUCACAACACUCAGAUAAAUUCAAGCUGUGGUAUACUGUUGAUCGUCCUGAAUCAGCUUGGAAGUACAGCAAUGGCUUUGUAAGCGCUGAAAUGAUUUCGGAACACCUUUUUCCACCUUCUGACGACACACUGGUGUUGAUGUGUGGUCCCCCACCGAUGAUCAACUUUGCUUGUAUUCCAAACCUUGACAAACUUGGAUAUUCACCCAGUAUGAGGUUUGCCUAUUAAACUGAAAGGAGUAGAUAUACAGUAUUCUGUAAAGCUUGGCUGUUACUGAGAAAGGUAGGGUUCAGAAUGUAAGCUUUUCUUUGGGGAUUUUAACAUGCUUUUGUCCACUGGAAAAACGGGAAGGCUUUAUAUUAUCAGUGAGAUGUAAACAAACUGAAGUGGUUUUUUGGCAAAGCACAGUUGGCCCUUUUUGUCUGCAACCGUUUGGUUUUCAGCUCCCUGCUUCCUUUAUGUAUAGUCAGAUUUCACAGCAGCUAAUCUAACCUGCCAUAUGUACUUUAAUCUGCUACAUUUAUAAGUGCAGUUUGUACCUUUGUAAGUGCAUUAAAUACCUUUUUUUUUUUCCUUUUAAGUGUAUUUUAAGAAAUUUCAACAUAAAUGUUUGCAGAAUAAGCUGUCAACACCAAAAACAGUCACCUGUAAACAACAAAUUGUCUAGAUAAUUGCCCCAAUAUAUUUAGUUAUUCGCAGUUCUUGUCUAACAAGAAAUAUUAGCACAGGUACAGGAGGAUGUUUAUACGCGUAUUGUUUUACUAUUUUAUGACAAGUUGGCUUCAUAGGAUUAGUAUAUAUUUGUGUUUGUAGUAUAUGCUCUUAUUUUCAAUGUGUGGAUCCAUGCUUAUGGAUGGAAGAUAGAGAGAAGAGAAAGAUAAAAACAAUUUUAGUUUCUAUCAGCACAAUUGUGGCUCCUUUUAAUUUGAAGAGACAGACUUACGGCAUUGAGUUUUUGUCUUUUCAAUAACAAACGCAGUAGUAGCAAUGGUUGUAUGAUAUGCUGGUACUACACAAAUCAUUUUGCUGAUAUUAUUGCUGCCUCCAACUUUAUUGGAUUGCAAUUUGAGAUAUGUAUUCCGUUUCAUAAGUGUCACUCCUAAGUUAAACAUUUACAAAAGGUAUGACGGUGUAAAUAUUUUUAAUUGAUAUUCAAGCAAUUUGUUGCAAGUCUAUUUGACAGCUUUAUAAGUUAGGCGUUGGACUUAUCUCGAGUUUACAUUUAUGUUAGCCCUGAAUUUGUAAAACUUUGAGCUACUGAAAUACUUAGAGACAUUUUCGUAUGGAAAUGUUUCUCUUUCUUUCUUUUACAUGAGAUUUUGCUUGUUUUGCUUUUCUAGUUUAGAAGUAAUAGUUCAGUAAAGAUAACACUGUAUACAACAAAAAUUAUUUUACACUAAUACUAGUAUUAGGGCUUUAUUUUAAACUGUUAGUUCACAACAAUGAUAAUUUAGUACACUAUGAAUUUGUUGUGCCUUCCUUCAGUUUUAAGACAGGAACCUUGAAAUCGUAAUAAUGAAACCCCAUUCUCUUAUAAUUUCUUUAUGGUUAAUAAUGCACAUUAUGUAAAAGAAUUCAUUUUUUAUAUUGCUUAUUUAAAGACUUUAUUAUUCGCAUCAGAAUUUGGAACUGAAAUGCUUUAUGCACAUUUUCGUAAGAGGCAAUGUUGAACGAAUUGUUAAGUUUUAUUUUUUAUUUUAUUUUAAUAAAGAUCUCAUGUGCAUGUCUUGUUUGUAGAUGCUGGAGGAGAUAUUUUUGGGCAUUUCUCUUGUUAUGUACAUUCAAUUUUCCCAAAAUACCCUGAAGACAGAUUCAUGGAGAAAAAGUUUGCAAAAAUAAGGGCCAACUGUAGUUUUUUUUAUCAUAGAAUUAUGCAUACAAAAAGUGUACUUUUUGUUAUAUUUUUUUAAUAAUUAUCAGAAUGAGUGUCACAAAAGUGCAUUUACUAUUGAAGCACUGAUUUUGGUAAUCUUACUACCAGCAUUAGCCUUUUUAGUUGACCCUAAUGAUCAUCUUUCACAAGUAGCAAAACUGUAGUGUUGAUUAUUUUGAAUACUGCUCUGCUACCUAAACUUUUCUUUGUUAUUUUGCAGUUGAAUAUUAUAGAAAUAAGUUAUUAGUAAUUGUCAGAACAGAGUGGAGUCAGCCAUAUGUGUAAUUUAUUUCUUCAAUGGAAUGGACUGAUUAUCUGACAAAAGAUAUUAACUUGAGAUUUGCUGGAAGCUGGUGAGUUUUUUAUGUUAGCAGAUGUUGAGUGGAGUUUGUCCCAAGCUUCAGCCCUUGUAAUAUAAUAUAUCUUGUAGAAUAGUGAAAUGCUGAUUUGUAAUUCAUAUCUGGUAGUGAUGGUAUUAACAGACACUACCCUACAUAGGAACAAGUUAUGUUUUGAGUGGCCGUUUGUAUCUUGAACUGUUUGUAAGUUGGUCUUCAUGCCUAUUUAAGCACAGUAUGAUAUUAGGUCAAUACAGUAUUGUACAUUUUUCAUCAUAAAGCACAAUACGUACAGUACUGUACACUGUACAUACAGUAUUGUAUUUUAUAGAGCACAGUACUUUAUUAAUAUAAUUGAUAUAUAAAGCCUAAAUAGACUGUGAUGAUAAUACAGUUGUAUCUUACCAAACACAAUUUUAAUUUACGAUCAUGUUUGUUUGUAUACAUGAAAAUUCGUAACUUGAAUGUUCGUAAGUAGGGUACGUAGUGUCUGUGUAUAGAAUGUGCUGGAAUCUUUGACAGAUGACAAACAUCCAAGGAAUACGAUUGGCUUUUGUAGAUAAAACUGGGUGACCAGAUCUGUAAACUAAUGUAUAUUUGUGGUAUGAUGGAGUAUCUGUAACCCCUAUGGAUAAUGGGGAAAUUAUUUUUAAUAGUCCAGAGAAAAGAUUACUGUAAUUUUCAGUAUGAUAACCAGAUUAAUUCCUUUUGUUUGGUUGAUGGCUUACAGCCUGUAAAAAUACUGUAGUUACCGUUUGUUUUAGCUAUAUGAAGGAAAGUGUAAAAUUUAAUAAAAAAAAGUUCAGAGUUUC